GCGCCUCGUCGCACAGACCUGUGGGAAGUGUAGUCUUCCGCUGUAACGCUUCACAAGGAGCCAUUGUGAAAACGGCACUUCCGCAUUGCGUCUGCACUAGUGCAUUUUCUCGCAAAGUUGGGCGAUUCCCUGGUCCUGCUCCGCAUUCGGGUUGCAUCGCUGACAUGGAGGAAAUGCUGUCAUUCAGGGAUGUAGCCAUUGAUUUCUCUGCAGAGGAGUGGGAAUGUCUGGACCCUGCUCAAUGGAAUCUGUACAGAGAUGUGAUGCUGGAGAAUUAUAGCAACCUUGUGUUCCUGGGUCUUGCUUUCUCUAAGCCAUACCUGGUCACAUUUCUGGAGCAAAGACAAGAGCCUUCAGAUGAGAAGAAACAAGUAGGAGCCACCACCAUGCACCCAGAUAUAAAACCAUAUAAAUGUAAAGACUGUGGCAAAGCCUGUGAUUGGAACUCACUCCUUCUUGAACAUCAGAGAACCAAUCCAGGAGAGAAUGCCUACAAGUGUGAAGAAUGUGGUAAGGCUUCUGGUUCUUGCUCAGUACUUUCUGAACACCGUAUAAUUGAUACAGAAGAGAAAGCCUACAAGUGUGAAGAAUGUGGCAAAGUCAUGUGUACGUGCUCAGGAAAUUCUAGCUACCGGAGAAUUUGUAUUGGAGAAAACCCCUACAAGUGUGAAGAAUGUGGAAAAGCCUUUUCUACUUAUUCGUAUCUUGCUCAGCAUGAGGUAGAGCACACUGGACAGAAAUUUUAUAACUGUGAAGAAUGUGGGAAAAUGUUUUAUUUUCCUUCUCACCUUACAGAACAUCAGAAAAUUCAUUCUCAAGAGAAUCUCUUUAAGAUUGAAGUGUGUAGCGAGGUCUUUUGUGCUCCCAUAGAACUUUCUAAAGACCAGAGCUUUUGUACUGAAGAGAAGCCCUACAGGUAUGAAGAAUAUGUUAAGGCCUUUAGUGCUUGCUCAUUACUUUCUGAACACCCGAGAAUUCAUCCAGGAGAGAAAGCCUUCAAGUGUGAAGAAUGCGGCAAUGCCUUUUGCACACUCCAUUCAGUAUCUAAAAUGAACAUUCAUUGUGAAGUGAAAUCCUACAAGUGUGAAGAAUGUGGGAAAGCCUUUGCUAGUCAUCUUUCCCUGAUUCAGCAUAAAAUAGGGCAUACUCGAGAGAAACCUUAUCAGUGUGAAGAAUGUGGGAAAAUGUUUUACUGUUCUUCGAACCUUAAGCAGCAUCAAAUAACUCAUUCUCAAGAGAAACCCUACAAGUGUGAAGUAUGUGGCAAGGUCUUUAGAACUUGCUGGCAACUUUCUAAACACCUGAGAAUUCAUUCUGGAGAGAAACCAUAUAAGUGUGAGGAAUGUGGCAAGGCCUUUUAUACUCUCUCAUACCUUACUCAGCACAAAUUAGGUCACACUGGGGAGAAACCUUACAAAUGUGAGGAAUGUGGCAAAACCUUUUACUAUCCUUCAGUCCUUAAAGAACACCUAGCAAUUCAUUCUGGAGAGAAACCAUACAGGUGUGAUGAAUGUGGCAAGGAAUUCUGUACUCGCUCAGGACGUUCUAGACACCAGAGAAUUCAUACUGGAGAGAAACCCUACAAGUGUGAGCAAUGUGGAAAAGCCUUUUCUACUCAUUCAUACCUUUCUCAUCACAAGAUAGUUCACACUGGACAUAAACCCUAUAAGUGUGAAGAAUGUGGCAAAAAGUUUUACUAUCCUUCUCGCCUUAAGGAACAUCAAAGGAUUCAUUCACAAGAGAAUCCUUACAAGUGUGAAAUAUGUGGCAAAGCCUUUCACACUUACUCAUACUUUACUCAGCACAAAUUAGGUCACACUGGGGAGAAACCUUACAAAUGUGAGGAAUGUGGCAAAACCUUUUACUAUCCUUCAAUCCUUAAGGAACACCUAGUAAUUCAUUCUGGAAAGAAACCAUACAGGUGUGAUGAAUGUGGCAAGGAUUUUUGUACUCGCUCAGGACAUUCUAGACACCAAAGAAUUCAUACUGGAGAGAAACCCCACAAGUGUGAAGUAUGUGGAAAAGUCUUUUCUACUCAUUCAUACCUUACUCAGCACAAGGUAGUCCACUCUGGAGAGAAGCCCUACAGGUGUGAGGAGUGUGGCAAAAAGUUUUACUAUCCUUCUCGCCUUAAGGAACAUCAAAGAGUUCAUUCUCAAGGGAAUCCUUACAAGUGUGAAAUAUGUGGCAAUGUUUUUUGUACUCCCAAAGGACUUUCUAAACACCAGAGAUUUCAUAUGGGAGAAAAACCCUACAAGUGUGAAGAAUGCGGAAAAAUGUUUUACUAUCCUUCUCGCCUUAAGGAACAUCAAAGAAUUCAUUCUCAAGAGAAUCCUUACAAGUGUGAAAUAUGUGGCAAAGCCUUUUACACUCACUCAUAUCUUACUCAGCACAAGUUAGGUCACACUGGGGAGAAACCUUACAAAUGUGAGGAAUGUGGUAAAACCUUUUACUAUCCUUCAAUCCUUAAGGAACACUUAGCAAUUCAUUCUGGAAAGAAACCAUACAAAUGUGAUGAAUGUGGCAAGGACUUUUGCACUCGCUCAGGACGUUCUAGACACCAGAGAAUUCAUACUGGAGAGAAACCCUAUAAGUGUGAGCAAUGUGGAAAGGCCUUUUCUACUCAUUCAUACCUUUCUCAACACAAAGUAGUCCACUCUGGAGAGAAGCCCUACAAGUGUGAGGAGUGCGGCAAAAUGUUUUACUAUCCUUCUCGCCUUAAGGAACAUCAAAGGAUUCAUUCUCAAGAGAAUCCCUACAAGUGUGAAGUGUGUGGCAAAGUCUUAAGUGCUCACUUAGAACUUGUUUCCCACCUGAGUAUUCACUCUAGAUAAAACCCUAGAACUGGGAAGGGUAUGGAAAUGCUUUUUAACUCAUUCAUCCUUACCUCACAACAAAUCCUGAACAGAAUUCUUAACCAUGUAAGGAAUGGCAAAAUGUUUGCUAUCCUCCAAACCUUAAGCCUCUUGGAGGGAAAUCACUCUCUUGUGAGUGAGGACUGUAACAAGGUCUUUUGCUCUCACUUAGGACUUUGUAAACAUCAAAAGAAUCAUACUGGUAAGAAAGACCACAAAUGUGAGAAAGCUUCUACUAAACUUUUUAACCUUACUCAGCACAAGGUAGUGCUUUCUGUUCAGAAACACUAUACAAGUGGAUAUGCUGGAAAAUUCUUUACUCUUAAAAUAUAAAUGAACAGAGUUCAUUCUCAAGAGAGACCUUACAAGUGUGAGGGGUGUGCUUUUGGUUAUUCAACACAAUUGGAUUCAUAGUAAAAAGAAACCAAAUCCUUGGGAAGAAUGUGACAAGUGCUAUACUAAUCAACACUUUCUAACUUCCUUAAAGUUUAUACUGGGGAAAAACACUACAAAUGUGAACAAAUAGACAAGGCUUUUAAAUGCUCUUCAUAGAUUAACACAAAAGUAUUGGUACUGAAGAACAACCUUGUCCUGGUAAAAUGUAUUAUGAAGAUCUCAUUCAUCAUUCAGUACUUGGUGAAUGUCAUAAUAUUCACACUUGAGAGAAUCUCUACAAAUGUGCAAAAUAUAGCCAGGUGUUUAGCUAUAGUUUGCCACUGUAUUAGCAUGAAAGAAUUAGUACUCCAAAAACAUACACACACACAUACAUACAUACACACACACACACACACACACACACUCUUACAGCAAGGCCUUUACCUAUUUUUCAUACUUUAAUUAUCCUCAGAAACUUCAUACUGGAGAAAAAGUACAUACAGAUAAUGUGUCAAACUUUUAAAUAAUAUUUCAAAUCUCUGUCAACACCAAAGAAUUCAAUAAGCUUCACUGUUCGACUUCACAUCUCUCUGCAUUUUCUAAGGAAAGCCCAACUGUGUGGUUAUUUGGAUCAGACUAACUUACAGAUGUGUCCAUUGAGACAUUUUCUUGGAUGUCGAUUGAUGCCCAGGACAGGUGACCCUGAGUGACUGAGAAUUCUGGCCACCAAAAAUCAGAGGGAGCAAGCCAGUAAGCAGAAUUCCUUAAUGGUUUCUACUUUAGAUCCUAUCUCAAGGUUUUUGAACUCUCAUCCUGGUUGAAGUGGUCGAUUAAUUCCUAAGCUGAAAUAAACCCUUUCCUCUCUUAUUUCUUAGUCAUGGCGUUUAUCACAGCAACAGAAGUCAAAGUUAGACAGCAAUGAAUACGGGAAAGCUUUUCUCUUUAUAUCUUAGUUAUCACCAGUCUUCACACUGGAAAGAAUGUCACGGUGUCUCUUUUUUUUUUUUUUUUUUUUUUUAAUGGAAAAUUAGACUCCUAGCAUCAGCUAAGAACAUAUGAGUCCUAUAGCAGAAACGUCUGUUAGCUGUAAUCUACGUAUUCUUUUAAACAAUGUAUUCUCAAGAUUUAUUGAUUAAUUGCUCUUUUAACUAUAAAUGUUUCCUGAAACUGUUGCCAUGUUGUCAGACUGUACCUGGAUAAUCUGAAUCUGGAUUCCUGAGCCAUGCCUUGUGUGGCAAAUCCCCCCGCCCCUUUGGGUCCUCCAAUUGUAAGUAAUCCUUCCCCUUUGGUCUGUAAGAAAACUAAUACAUUCACUUUUUUCACCAACUUGGGCUGUAGUGAAAUCCUAAGAUGGUGUGUCAUGGGCCCCUUUGUAGUGACUAGGCAUUUGUUUAUGUCUAGAGAUAGCUAAAUUAACACAUGUCAUUCAUAUUUGGCUCCAAAAUAAACAAGGUCUUAUCCCCUUUUA